GCCACCUCCAGUGCACCUUCAGUCCACAUUACCCAAACAAGCUGUGGAUGGAAGAGAAAACUUUCUGCAACACUUUUCCCUUCCAUAUUGUCUUUGAUGAAAAUCUGAAGGUAAGGCAGGCAGGAGUGAACCUACAAAAGUUUGUUCCAGGUCUCCAGGCCCGAGAUGCUACAGUGGACCAAUACUUCACCAUUAUACACCCACAGGUGGCUUUUACCAUUGAGAGCAUCAGGAUAUUCAUCAACAGUCAGUUUGUCUUGAAGAGCUACACAGACAAACACACCACGCUCAAACUAAGAGGUCAGAUGUUGUGGAUGGAGUCUCUUGGCUGUAUGCUGUACCUGUGUUCUCCGAAGCUACGAAGCCUCCAGGAGCUUCAAUAUGUCGGCCUCCACCUGGCCGACCUGGCCCAGCAUGACGUCACCAGAGACCUGGUUCUUCUUAACCAGCAACGUUUAGCUGAGAUGGAGCUCACCAACCAGCUGGAGAGGAAAAAAGAGGAACUGAGAAUCCUGUCGCGGCACCUUGAGAUUGAAAAAGAAAAGACAGAGACUCUGCUGUAUGCCAUGCUGCCACGCCACAUAGCCAAUCAGCUUAAAGAUGGGAAGAGCGUAAAGGCAGGGGAGUUUGAGGUGUGCACUAUUUUGUUCAGUGAUGUGGUAACCUUCACAAACAUCUGUGCUGCCUGUGAGCCCAUCCAAAUUGUUCACAUGCUCAACUCCAUGUACUCCAAGUUUGACCGGCUCACCACUGUACACGACGUCUACAAGGUUGAGACUAUUGGUGAUGCAUACAUGGUGGUGGGUGGCAUCCCAGUCCCUACAGAAACCCAUGCUCACAGAGUGGCAAACUUUGCUUUGGGUAUGAGGAUAGCAGCCAGAGAGGUCACCAACCCCGUAACAGGCGAGCCCAUACAGAUCCGUGUGGGUAUGCAUAGCGGUCCAGUGUUAGCUGGGGUGGUGGGAGAGAAGAUGCCUCGCUACUGUCUGUUUGGAGACACUGUUAACACUGCGUCCAGGAUGGAGAGUCAUGGAGUCCCUGACCACAUUCACAUCAGCACUCCCACAUAUAGUGAACUGAAGAAUUCAGGGUUCAACAUACAAGAGCGUGGGCAGAUUGAGGUGAAGGGCAAAGGCCAGAUGACCACUUACUUCCUGUUAGGGAACCUGCUGGUGUCAGAAGAUAGCAUCAUGGGACGAGAGGUUGGAGAAACCCGUCUUUACAUGGAGGACCUUCAUGGCAAGGGCAAAACAGAGCCUGACAAAGAGCCUGAUGUGAGAACUAAGACUGAGCAGAGGAACACACUCUCAGAUGGAGUCAUCGCCUCGGACCUCAGCCGCUUAGACGCCAUCACUCCCUUUGCCUGGGACAUCACCUCGCCGUAUGAGACCAACGAGAACAGCUACAACACACCUGCAAAGAGCAGACUGUGUGUCUUACUCUGA